CUGCAGGUACCUGAAUAUGGCAAAUUUGGGUGUGUGGAAGUGACCGAAACAGUUCUACCAAAUGAACCAGAGCCUGGACCCGUAACUGUUGGAGGCGUCCUGAAAGGUAUCGGAAGCGCUGUUGGUGGUGCUGUUGGUAGCGCUGUGCAACGCCUAGGCCCAUAUGGCCAACUAUAUUAG